GCCCAAAGCCUCACCUCCCCUGCGAAGCGGAGAAAACCACAGUUGGAUUUCAUCCGGUCCACUCAGUUCCGAGAUGAAUAAAGUCGGGGACCCGUUUUUCGGCUCAGUCCUCCAUUUUGGCUUUCGUGGGGGGGUAUUAUUGUAAAAUAUAAAAAUAAAUUUGGGGAAAGUAGACAGCUAGUGUCUACUUCCGAAGAGGGGACUGGGGGAAGAGAGAGGAAACAAGCCCCACCUACCUCAAGCAAUGUCAUGAUUGGUUGCUUUCCACUGACGUCACUAUGUGGGCGUAUGUGUUGGCAACAUCAACAAAAGAGAGAAAAGAGAGAAAGGAGACGGUCUGCAGGAAAAAACAGAAGGAAUACACCAGCGGAAAACAACAGAUAUGUGGAUCUAAUUCGCCGUAAGAGUGAGAAGACAAGUGCCAGCUGAGACAUGGAUGCCUUCAAAUUGAUGAAGGAGCUGCGGGCAAACUAUGAGCUAGAGGUCUAUUAUCUCCCCAAGGAGACAGGCCUGAGUCUCAUUGAGUCCACAGAUCAGAACGAUGGGCGGAUCUCAGCCAAGUGCAGGGAUGCCAAAGUUGAGGACCUGUGGAGUCUGACCAGCUUCUUUGGCUAUACCACACAGACGUUCGUCCUGGCUGUUAACCUGCUUGACAGAUUCUUAGCCAUGAUGAGGAUCCAACCGAAACACUUGUCCUGUGUCAGCCUAAGCUGCCUCAACAUGGCCGCCAAAGUGACAGAAGAGGAGUGCAACCUCGCGUCCACGGACGAGCUCAUCCGCAUCGGACAGUGUCGCUUCAGCGUGUCCGACCUGGGUCGCAUGGAGAAGAUCAUCACGGAGAAACUGGACUUCAAGUCGAAAUCCGUCACGGCCUUGACCUUUCUGCACUUGUACCAUAAGAUUGCACUGUCUCACUCCACGGAGAGAAAGGAGAUGUUGAGCCUGGAGAAGCUAGAGGCUCAGCUCAAAGCUUGUCUGUGCCGGAUCUCUUUCUCCAAAGCAAAGCCGUCCGUCCUCGCCUUGUCUCUCUUGAGACAGGAGAUUGAAGCCAUUCAGUCGUUGGACAUGCUGGAAAUAAUUCAUCAUAUCCAAAGACACCUCAAGAUUGCAGACGGUGAACUCCUGCUAUGGCGCGGUCAAGUUGCUCAAUGUCUGUCGGACUACGCCUCGCCAGAGUGCAGCAAACCCAAUCAUAGGAAAUUGCAGUGGAUAGUGUCUCGCCGGACCGCCCAGAACCUGCACAGCAGCUACCGAAGUGUACCCGAACUGCCCACUAUCCCAGAAUGCUGCUGGGAUGAGAGCGAGAGUGAGGACUCUUCCGAGGACAUGAGUUCGGGCGAGGAGUCCCUCAGCAGCUCACUGGGCAGCGAUGGCGAAGGGCCGUUCUUUCCAGCGCAUCUCCGCCGCCAAUACCUCAACGCCUGACGCCGCGCGUCACUGUGCCUCGCCCCCAACCCGAACUUUUGCUUUUAAUUUAUUGUCUAAUAAGCUCCGGUGCUAGAAGUGAAUUGCACAACAACUGGCAGCUGAGCAGACGCGCAUUUCUAGAUUUUUAGUUAGACGUGUUGGUGGUACGUGGUACAUUCCAAGAUACAUAAUUGGCGCUAGACACUGGUUGGUUGAAGUGCAAAAAGUGACGUCAGAUCAGAUCGAAAAUGUUUUUGUUGUCAAGAACUUGUGGUAUGUGUAGAAAGUGGUAUUAAUCAAGGAUGAAUAGGUUUUACUGAUCAUCAGAAGCUGAGGGCAGCCGAACUUGCAGUAAUCUGGACUUGAUUUAGUUCUUAUUUUUCUGCACAUGUACUUGUAUUACAUUGUAAAAAUCAAAUUCAUACCUUGACAUUUGUUCAAACACAAUCGGGAGCAAUAAAGUAACAAAAUAGUUAAACGUUUAAAUCCCGCAAUGUCCAGAUUUGACUGAAUGUUAAAGCGACUGCGACUGCCCAUACUUUCUGAGUGUGUUCAUUUUGCACAGUUUUUGUAAUUUGUGUUGGAAGCAGUUUGUGUUUUUGGGUAAAAUGGACGUGUGACUUUUUUUUUUUUUUUUUUUUUUUUUUUUGGGCUGAACAUUUUUCUUGACUCCACUGAGGUUAUUUGCUCAAAGUUCAGCAUAGAGCACUUACUCUCCAGUGAGGGUUGACACUGUUGAUGACUUUAGCGAGUGUGUUGUGAUACUGUGUUUGUUUGACCCUGACUUUAAAGUUGCCAAUUUUAGGAUGUAGCGUACAAAAAAAAAAAAAAAAAAAUCUU